AAUGCAGAGUCUUCUGAACACCUUCAGGAGCUGCAAUCUACGAAUGUUUGGGAUGCGAUUCGCUUCCUCCAAAUGCAAAAUGAUGUUACAGAACUGGACUACAGCGACUCCUAGUUUAGAAAUAGAGAGUGAAGUGAUAGAGCACGUUGACCACUUCACUUAUUUGAAAAGUACCAUCAGCCCCAACGGGUUGAUCACUGACGAAAUCUCAGAAUGGACACAGAAGGCUGUUUCGCAUAUGUCAGUUUACGCAGUCUGUGGCGUAGACAGGAUAUCCGGCUAUCGACCGAAGGCGGAUGUACUGCCCAUCAGUCCGCUCCGUCCUCUUUAAUGGGUGUGAGACCUGACCAUUGAGAGUGGAAGACAUGAAAAUAUUAGCUGUGUUUGAUCAUAGGUGCCUGCGCUCUAUCUCCCGUGUGAAGUGGUAUAAUAAGGUGAGCAAUAUUGAGGUUAGGCGUCGAUCGAUUGCUAGGUAAGGAGGGGAAAUCAAUCGACGAGGCUGUGAAGCUACACUUACUGAGAUGGUUAGGACAUGUGUU